UUUUUAUUGUUUCCGGCAGGUACAUAAGAUGCAUUAGGUUUGAGCUGUGUUGACUACUACUGCUUUUUCCUUGGUCUCAAUUAUGUCUUGGAAGAUGGCUCUGCAGAUCCCUGGAGGCUUGUGGGCAGCAGCUGUGACCUUGAUGCUGGCGAUGCUGAGUACCCCAGUGGCUGAGGGCAGAGACUCUCCCAAGGAUUUCGUGUACCAGGUGAAGGGCAUGUGCUACUUCAGGAACGGCACGGAGCGCGUGCGCCUUGUGACCCGAUUCAUCUAUAACCGGGAGGAGUACCUGCGCUUCGACAGCGACGUGGGGGUGUACCUGCCCGUGACGCCGCUGGGGCCGCCCGACGCCGAGUACUUGAACGGCCAGAAGGACUUCCUGGAGAGGACCCGGGCGGAGCUGGACACGGUGUGCAGGCACAACUACCAGCUGGAGUUCCCCGCGAUCCUGCAGCGGCGAGAGAAGCCUACAGUGACUAUCUCCCCAUCCAGGAGAGAGGCCCUCAAUCACCACAACCUGCUGGUCUGCUCAGUGACAGAUUUCUAUCCAGGCCAGAUCAAAGUCCGGUGGUUUCGGAAUGACCAGGAGCAGACAGCCGGCAUUGUGUCCACUCCCCUUAUUAGGAAUGGUGACUGGACCUUCCAGAUCCUAGUGAUGCUGGAAAUGACUCCCCAGCAUGGAGACGUCUACAUCUGCCACGUGGAGCACCCCAGCCUCCAGAGCCCCAUCACCGUGGAGUGGCGGGCUCAGUCUGAAUCUGCCCAGCGCAAGAUGCUGAGUGGCGUUGGCGGCUUCGUGCUGGGGCUGAUCUUCCUUGGGCUGGGCUUUAUCAUCUAUCACAGGAGUCAGAAAGGGCUCCUGCAAUGACUCCUGAGAUGAUUGUAACUGGGAUGGGUUAUCACUCUUCUGUAAUGCCUGCUUGUCCUGCCCAGAAUUCCCAGCUUCCUGUGUCAGCCUGUCCCCCUGAGAUCAGAGUCCUGCAGCGGCUCUCACGCAGCCACCAGGUCAUCCUUUAUCCCACCCCAAGGCGGUGGCUGUGACUCUGCUGCCUGCACUGACCCAGAGCCUCUGCCUGUGCGGGGCCAGCUGCAGCUGCUCAGGCCGCAAGGGGUUUCCGUUCCUGUUCUCUCCUCCGACUGCUCAAGAGAACCACGUGAAGACCAUUACCAGACUUUAGAGCUUUUAAACAUAAUUAAACAUGAUUCUGAGUU